UAAAACCAGCUUUAUUCGCUGUUAAUAUAGAUAAGUGCAGGGGUAAAAUAUCAAAGGACCCACCAAAGAACAAUCUACUAACUCCGUCAGAAUCAGCCCCCGCUCCCCCUAAUCCAGCCAAAGUUUGGCGGAAUCUCCGCUCAAUCAAAGUUCUUCAGUUUCAAAUUCUGAAACCCUACCGUUUUUUUUUUUUUAUUUGAUUUUAUUUUAUUAAAUCUUUAUAAAUAAAUUCACUUCACUCUCAGUCUUACCUCACUGUCUCUUCAAUUUCAAGAGAGAAUUCGAAUUUCAAUUUAGGUUUUAGGGUUUCGUUGCAGAGAUGAAAGCUUCACUCAAAUUCCGUGAAGACCAAAAGCCGCUGUUUAGAGCCAAAGUCCCAUUAAGCGUCUUAGGGUUACCUUUCCAAUCAGGAAUUGUCGCCGGCGAGUCCAAAGAGCUUACUCUCAAUCUCGCUACCUUCUUUGAAUCUGGACCUUCCAUCAAGCUCGCUUACCGCCCUAAUGACACGUGGAAUCCUUUCUCUCUUAUUGUCAAGACUGGUAUGGGUCAGUUUGGUUCGCCUAUGUCUAGCUCUAUGUUGAUGAGCGCAGAGUUCAAUUUGCUAGGGAGAGGAAACCCCAGUUUCAUGCUUCAUUUCAAGCCUAGAUUUGGGGAUUUCUCGAUUAAGAAAUCUCAGUCGUCUUCGAUGUUUGAAAAGACUGGGAAUUCGGUUGGUACCUUGGAGAAUUUUGAUAAUGAUGGAUCGAUUGAGGUUGUGGAUAAUCCGACGUUGAAGGGAGGCGGCGUUGGGGCGACGAAUGGAUUUUCUGGGAAGAGAAUUUCGGUUUUGCAGCCGAAUACUGCUAGAGCGAUCGCAGGGGCGUUUUCUGGUUUGGAAGUUACGGCAAGUACGAAGCUUCCGGUUAAGAGCCGCGCGGUUAUGAAUUUCCGCUGGGGAGUUAGGGUUCCAGCAGAGAUUAAGAGUGGUUUUGCUGCUGAUUCGACGAUGGGGAUUAAUUUUAGAAAGAUACCGUUUUUGGUGAUGAACAAGAUAGGGAUUGAGCAUGUGGACGGUGAAUCGAAAUCGGAAGGUGCGGUCGCUACUGCAAAGAAGACGAGCUCAGAGUUGACAAGUACUGACAUGGUGGAGGUUUGUUUGACGGUUAAGCGGCAACUGGAUGUUUUACAAGCUGAGAAUGGGCUAUUGAAGAAAGCUGUGGAGGAUCUCAGGCGGGAAAUUGCUGGAGAUAAAUUUAGUUUGCCAGUGACGGAUUUCAAUUCCAGCAAAUACAGAGAAAUAGAGAGAAACGGAAUGAAAAAUAGUAGUAGAACUGAAAGGAGAAGCAAUGAUAAGAAAUCAAAGGAGGGAGAUGCGAAUGAAGAGUUGAAGAAGGCAUUGAAGGGAGCUACUGGUGUUGGUGCUUGAAUUUGUAGAAACAGCCCAAGGUACAUAAAUUAUGAUUCUGCUAAGUUAAAUUUGUUUUCUCUGUUGCUGUGUCAAUUUUUGUAAGGUUUGUUUAGGAUUUUAUGGUAUAUGUUCUAUAUUCGUUGCUUGUUUAAUCCUGUAACAACAAUGAAUGUAUUAGUUCAAUAAUUUAUUGGAUGCAGAAGCAAUUUUAGAGGCA